CACAAAGGAGAGGAGCAGAAGAAGAAAAACUAAGAAAUGGGAUGAGAUGGUGAAAGACACGACAGCAACAUUUAUAUUGGAGUCUUUUUGGAGACUCGUAUGCUCUUUGAUUCAGCUGUAAAAAUGUCUUCAGUUCACCCCGAAAGAGAGUUCAUGAACGAACAGUUAACUUCCGCUGAAGAAACAUUAGCAGAGUUCAAAACAACCAUCGUGAAGGCCGAAGAGGAGGUGGAUGAUCAGCGCAGACUGCUGGGUUUAACCCGAACACCCCAGAUUAUCUUACACCGAAUAGACUUCCUGCAUCCUGACAAAGUGAAGGAGGAGCAUCUGUUUAACCAAGAGAACAUCUCUAAUUUGGACCAGGAGGAACCACUGAGGAUAAAGGAAGAGCAAGAGGAGCUGCCAUGUCAGCAGAUAAAAGAAGAGCUGGGGGAUCUGGAACGUCAGGAGUUAAAAGAAGAGCAGGAGAGUCAGGAAAUAGAGCAAGUUGUGGUGAAAUGGGAGACUGAUGUCUUCAUGGUGACUCCCAAAGACUCAGAAUCAGAAAGAGAUGAAGAGCUGCAGCAAAAUAAUGAUGAGAAUCAUACUAUAAAACAAAAUCAGCUCAUUGAAACUCAAGAUAAAAGUUUGUAUCCUUGUGGAAUUUGUGACGAAACGUUUACUAAAAACAGUUUAUUGACAAAACACUUGAAAAUUCACACAGAUGACGGACUUUUUUCAUGUAAGAUAUGUGGAAAAACUUCCAGUCGAAAAUGUCAUUUAGAUAUUCACAUGAGAACUCACACAGGUGAGAAGCCAUUCUUGUGCAACCUUUGUGGAAAAGGUUUCAGUCAGAAAGGACAUUUAACCAUUCAUACAAGAACUCACACAGGUGAGAGACCUUUCUCUUGCAAGAUUUGUGAAAAAGGAUUCAUUGAAAAAGGUUUGUUGACAGAUCACAUGAGCGUUCACACAGGUGAGAGGCCUUUCCUGUGCAAGGUUUGCGGGAAAGAUUUCCGUCUAAAAGCUGAUUUACGUCGCCACACGAUGACCCACACAGGUGGGAAGCGUUUCGCUUGUGUGAUUUGCUUCAAAACGUUUUGUCGUAAAGGCCGUUUGACUCUUCACAUGGAAAGUCACACAGGCGAAGACCCUUUCUCGUGUAAGAUUUGUGGAGAAGGUUUCUGUGAAAAAGACUUUUUAGCUGAACACAUGAAAAUUCACACUGGUGACAGGCCUUUUCCUUGUAAGAUUUGUGGGAAAAGCUUUAGCCGGAAAAGUAGUUUAACCGUUCACGUGAGAACUCACGUUGCGGAAAAGCCUUUCUCCUGCGAGAUUUGUGGAAAAGGUUUCUGUGCAAAAGCUUUUCUUAAUCUUCACAUGAGAGUUCACACAGGUGACAGGCCUUUUUCCUGCGUCAUCUGUGGAAAAACCUACACUCAAAAAAGUCAUUUAUCUGUUCACUUGAGAACUCACACAGGUGACAGGCCUUUCUCCUGCACGCUGUGUGGGAAAAGUUUCCAAUACAAACUGUCUUUAAUGGAACACAUGACUAUUCACACAGGUGAGCGGCCGUUCUUGUGCAAAGUAUGUGGAAAACGUUUCCGUGAAAAAUGUCAUUUAACUGUCCACAUGAGAAUUCACACGGGUGAAAAACCUUUCUCAUGCAACGUUUGUGAUAAACGUUUCUGUAAAAAAUGCCAUUUAACCGUCCACAUGAGAAUUCACACAGGGGAGAAACCUUUCUCCUGCAAUAUUUGUGAAAAACGUUUCUGUAAAAAAUGUAAUUUAAUUCUUCACAUGAGAAAUCAUGUGAGUGAGAAUUCGGUCUCUUGCUAGACAUGAUGACUCACAAAGGUGAGAAACAUUUUCGUGUGUAAUUUGUGAAAAAUGUUUGGGGAAAAAAAGCCAACUGUGAAAAUCAACAGUUAAAAAAGUAAAUUACAUUAUUUAAAGAGUCAAGGGGGUUAGGCGCCUUUAUUAGAAACAAACAGCAGAAAAUAUUUCAAAAAACCUUUCUCACAAAACACUCCUGGUAGAGAUAACUUCCUCUCAGAUCUUCCUUUUGUCAUUCGUAAAUCAUAAAUCAAGUGAGCAAUAUCUGGCACAAGAGCUUAAUAGUAUCAGAAAUUUCUGAUACUUUCAGGAACUGUGCUGGUGUCAUUUUUCAAAGUUUGACUAUUGAUAAAAUGUUUUUCAAGGGGAAAAAAAACACUAAAAUCUGCAGUUCCCCUUCUAAUAAUGUAACCGUUGAACUUUAAUUGACGACUUUCAAGUGUAAAGUUCAGCACCAACUAAUAUUCAGUGAAUUUGAGGUGAUGUUCUUAAUUCUGCAAAGGUUUAGAGAUAAUUCUGGCUCUUUUUUGUCUUUAAAACACUUUGUAAUUUAACCAUUGUUUUAAAUUUCUUUAAUUCCUGCUGCAGUUGUUUUUCCUGUAGAUUUUCAUCUUUUUGUGAUGGAUUAAUGUCAAAAUUUAGCUUGGAGACAUAAAAUCUUUAACGUUUUUCCUGCUUUACUAACAGUAUUUGAGAAAUUAAAUUAAUCAAGGUAUUAAAAUGUCUACUUGUGCAGAACUUUAUUUAGUCCUGAGGACCCUAAACACUUCCCACGACAUUCAGUCAUUCAUUCAUGCACACAUUCAGACGCUGUUGAUUUAAAUUAAUGUUAACCAUUAACCAUAAAUCUAAAAAUCUGUUUGAUAAUUACUUGUUUCUUUUGAAGUAAUUACUCACAGAGAUAACUUACUCUAACCUAAUUCUGUGUGUUUAUAUAUGCUAAUGAGGAUUUAAACAAUAUGUUUAAUGUUUUAAAUUGUGUACAAUGGAUAUGAAUGUUAUUGGUAUGGUUUACUAAUGCUUCAUUUGUUCAUUGAGCACAGGAUUUUUUUCUGAAUUGUAUAUGAGAACAUGCACGGUUAAAGUGAAUGAAUUAACAUAAAAUUAAAUAAAAUUGAGUUUUCAAAUAGUUUA